CUGUAAGCCGAAUUUUAUCUCGAAACGGCAUCUUGUAGCGAAUGACGGACGUCAAGCCAACCUAAUCCAUAUCUAGGUAUAUACCGAGACCCAAACGACCAUCGAAUUGCUUAGCAUCGCUUAUCGAGUUAACUCUACAAGAUAAGAGGUCUCUUACGAGAGCCUCUUCUUCCUCAUGCAGAGGCGCUCGUCGGGGUCGUCCGAAGACAGCGCCGAUGUUCCUGUCAAGACCUCGCGCCCUCAAGGACAGACAAGGCUGAACGACGCAAAAUCCUCCGUCCGCCAUUCCCACGACAUUCGCCAGUCGGACCACCACCUCCAAAAUUCCGGGACGAGAUCUACGUCUGCAAGAAGUAGAAGACCGAGUAGUAAUAUUAAUUGGCGACCUUCCCAUAGUCGAGAUGGCUCUACGGAGAAACCACCCAUAGCUUCUCAUCUUACACCAGCCACAUUAUCACCCGACUACCCGAUCGAGAGUGAAAGAACGUCGAGGUUAAGACGGAGGAAUAGACAACCGCAGCCAUGGAAUCCAUGGGCUAUAUCGAUUUUGACGCUUUUUACGAGCGUUCUAGGUAUCGGCCUUCUAUUUGGUGUUUUAUACUCCUCCACCACUUUGCAUUGUGAUCCCAAGGGAUGUCGCAUGUCCUGGAUGAGCCCGUCAUACGCCAAGUUUAGCGAUUUCGAUACCGAACAUACGCGAUUUGCAACCAAGUAUUCCUUAUAUCUAUACCGUGAACAGGGGUUUGACAAUGGACCAAAGAUUAAAGGAAUACCGGUGUUGUUCAUUCCCGGAAAUGCCGGCAGCUAUAAACAAGUUAGAUCUAUUGCGUCUGAAUCAGCUAGAUAUUUCCACGAUGUCCUACAGCAAGACUCGGCUGCUUUAAACGGAGGUGCUAGGAGUUUGGACUUCUUUACUGUCGACUUCAACGAGGACUUUACCGCCUUCCAUGGGCAAACAAUGCUCGACCAAGCCGAAUACAUAAACGAAGCUAUCAGGUAUAUCCUUUCUCUCUACUUGGACCCAAAGAUCUCAGAACGAGAUCCGAGUCUUCCGGACCCUUCUUCGGUUAUCAUAUUAGGCCACUCUAUGGGAGGAAUUGUAGCGCGAACUAUGUUUAUCAUGCCGAACUAUCAAGCAGACUCCGUCAAUACGAUUAUCACCAUGUCGGCGCCGCAUGCUCGACCACCUGUCACGUUUGACCCGCAGAUCGUCAGCAUAUACAACGAUAUCAACAAUUAUUGGAGGCGCGCCUAUUCGAAAAAAUCGUCAGCUGAAAACGCUCUGAAUCAGGUCACACUUGUGUCCAUCGCUGGCGGUGGUUUAGAUACUGUCGUACCAUCGGAUUACGUGGGCUUGGAAUCUAUUGUGCCUGAGACCCACGGUUUCACCGCCUUCACAUCUACGAUCCCUCACGUUUGGACAAGCAUGGAUCAUCAAGCAAUUACAUGGUGUGAUCAGUUUCGUAAGGUUAUAGUCCGUGCGCUAUAUGAUGUCGUCGAUAAUCGAGGAAGGUCGCAGACGAAGUCACGAGCGGACAGAAUGAGGGCCUUCAAAAGGAGAUUCUUAACCGGAUUAGAAAGCUUCGUCGAGAAGACUCUACUAGAUUCGGCACCGUCAACAUUACUCACGCUAGAAGACCAUACUACUACCGUACUUCCAGCGGAUGAACAUCUUGUUCUUCGCACCCUAGGUUCACAGAGGAAGCCUAAGGCGUAUCUUCUCCCAUUGCCGUCAGGCGAAUUUGCUAAGGAGAAGAGAUUUACAUUGCUAUCAGACAGUCAUCUGGAUCGGCCGGAUGAAGAUGGCAAGCUAGAAGUCCUAUUCUGCAAUCUCUUUCCCGCACAUGCUGGACAAUCUAACAUACCAUUCUCGGCAAAUAUUGACCUUUCUAGUGAUGAUGGAGCGUCGACCAAAUUUGCUUGUAAAAAUACUGCAUCCGACGUAGUAUCCUUACCUGCCUCUUCCCGUUUCACGAAGGAAACCUUUUUUAGGGAGGACGAGUGGCAAAUUCCGCCAUUCUCAUAUCUCGAGUACGACAUGGAGGACACCUUAGGCUAUGAGUUUGUGGCGGUUGUCGACAAGACUGCAUCUCCUACGGCUGGUUGGUUGCUGGCCGAAUUCAGCGACAAGGCUGCUUCCCAAGUGACUCGACAUAUUGGUAUGAGGCGCCUACUAAGCUUCGGCUUGUCGGUUCAUCUUCCCGCGAAUCGACCGAUGGUCACCGAAGUCAAGCUUCCAUCUGUUCAAAGCAGCCUUUUGGCAUACAAUUUGAAGAUCGAUGGCCAAACAUGCAACGAACGAGAGCAAAUAUUCACCCCGCUUGUUCGCCAAUACAUAUCUGAGCCCUACGAGUCAAAGUACUUUGUCAAUGCUGAAGAGGUCGAGAUUAGUCUUCACGGUGUCUCACCUUAUGUGCCUCCGCCAAUGAAGUCUAGACUAUCCGAUGAUGGCCUUAGCCUCCAGUUUUGGACAGACCCAACAUGCGACUCCGGCCUUUCUAUUCGUAUUACAAUUGACUCCCUGGGUAGUCUCGGGAAGUUGUAUAUGCGUUACCGCACUAUUUUUGCAUCUUUCCCUUUGCUUAUAGUUGCACUCGUAUUACGAAAGCAAUUCCAGGUCUACGACAACACCGGAGUUUUUAUCCCCUUUUCGGAAAGUCUUGACUUCUGUCUGAGGCGGUCAUUGCCGAUGCUUCUUUUGUCUAUGACUCUUUUGUCACUUUCGAUGGGACAGUCAGGUUCGCCUGGGUCGAAAAGCCUUUCGUUUUGGCAGAACAAUACGGGGAUUAUCAACUUCGCGCAGAAUGACCUGUUGGUAGGUACUUCGGACCCGUUCUUCUGGUUUCUUAUCCCGAUGAUCGGUAUCAUCUGCGUCGGAGUUUGCAUGGGUCUCCAUUAUGUAGCGCAAAUCCUCACUUGGUUGCUUAGUACCAUCUACAGUUGGGUUUCUGCUCGGCCAGUCAUUCAACUACAGGAGAAGAAACGAGCCCUAUCGCCAGCAGUUGCGCCUUCGUCGCCAACGCGAAGACUUAUUACUGCAGUGUUUGUCUUUAUUUUUGUUUCGGCAUUUGUCCCAUAUCAGUUGGCAUAUGUGGUCGCGUGUCUCGUGCAGCUAAGCACUGCCGUCAGAGCCAAUCGAUCUGCCCGUGAGACACCAUCAUUGGCCAGUUCUAACUUCAACAAUUAUGUUCACUCCAUUUUCCUGUUGAUGUUGUGGAUCCUACCAAUCAAUUUACCGACCGUGGUUGUCUGGAUACGAAACUUAACCGUCCAUUGGUUUACGUCAUUCUCAUCUUACUACAGCAUACUAUCGAUUUUACCAUUCAUAGUCCUUGUUGAAAACCUCACAGCUGGCAAAAUGAUCCCACCCUUGACAAGUCGGCUUCGACACAUGACAAACAUUAUCUUCUUCGGCACAGCCGUCUACGCCGCUAUAUAUGGCGUGACGUAUGGAUACAUGAUACAUCAUCUGGUAAAUCUAAUUGCGGCCUGGCUCGCUGCAAUUCAUUCAGCAUCCGAUUCCUGGACACUUUCCGGAAUAAGCUCGAUAUUUGAAGGCGAACUUGCCGAAGAUCGCAAGCAGGGCAAGGAUCCUUGAUUAUCAGCUGAACUUGGGUUACUCGUUCCCUAACUGUAUAUGGGCGAGCCUCAAAAGAAAGACACGCCCAAAAUGUUUGGAUAUAGACCGACCUCGAGGCUCGGUCUUGCAACCCAUAUCACAUUAGAUAUCAAUCCAAACCGGGCAGGAUGCUCUUAUUGGAACUUUUGGUUCCUUGUAUAUAUAUUUUAAACCCGUUCCUAUGUUGCCGGAAGAGUUCGACGUUUACUUCCAGCUGCUCCUUGACAAUCCUCUCAUAGUCAGAGCGUACCUCAUCGAGUAGCCCUCACCUCGUCACUCAGGACGAGGAUAUUUUC